AUGUGUUUGGCAACAAUCGAUCAAUAUCUAGCAACAUCAUUUUAUCGUCGAUGGCAACAAUGGAAUAAUAUUAAAUUAGCUUAUUGUCUUUGCACAGCGUCAUUUAUCUUUGCAAUUCUUCACGGAGUUCCAUCAAUUAUUUAUUAUAAUUAUACUGAUUCAUCUAUUGCAGACACACUUGUUUGUAGAGGUGCAUUACCAAUUUUUAUUACUGUCUUAUUCGAAUCAUUAGCAUAUAGAAAUGUUAAACAAUUAGCUUAUCGAACAGUUCCACUUGUUCACCGUGAAUUAGACAAACAAUUAACAAGUAUGGUUCUUGUACAAAUUGUUUACAUUUUUAUUGCUAUUGUGUCAUAUACUGUUGUGAUAAUAAUCACAACUAACUUAGAUUUAAAAGACAAACCAAUACUUGCUGCUGAGUUACAGCUAACAGAAUAUUUGGGUGCAAUUAUUUAUUAUUCAUAUUUUGCAGCUCCAUUUUAUAUGUAUGUUUGUGUAUCAAAACGAUUUCGUCAACAAUUAAUUUAUGUAUUCUUUCGUAUUUAUACUAAUUGUUGUCGAAAGCCAGCAAUAAUUAAUAAUCAAAUAGCACCAGCAACUGACAUGAAUUGA